UUAUUCUUGUAACACACAUUAGUCAAAGGCAAUGAUUAAGCGUAUAAUAAUGUUAAUUAUGCAACAACACACUAUUGUAUGCAACUGUUGUAUUUACAUAAAUGCUGCACGAUGAUUGGACGUGAUCGUCACUGUAUAGUGUUCGUGUGGCUUUUAUUAUUGUAAACAAAAUAAAGCAUCGUUAAUUAUAACUGUUCAUUAAUUUUUUAUCUGUUCUAAAUUUUAGUACUUAACACACUCUGUGUUAUUAAAUUAACGAAUAACGUUGGUUAGUUGAUUUGCGUUUCAAAACACGGAUCUAGGAAGCUCGAAUCGUUCGACCUUGAUCGUGAUCGCAUGACAUAAUCCUAAUUUGUGGUAACAAGUAGCGGUUUCGUAUCUUCCUGUGUUGGUUUGGUUAUGUUAUGUUAAGCCCAGAAAUAUCCGAUCCGAUUUGCUGAUAUAACCGACAAGUGCUAGAUCACGUAAAUAAACUAGUCUCAAUUUUCUCAUGGGCUUUAUCGACGAUGAAUUGCAAGAAGUAUCAAAACUCUGUAAAAAUGUCGUCGACGGUAGCCGUCUCGUUUCCUGUGUGCGCACAAUGGUGCGAGUGGAAAUAACGAAAACAACGUUCAAAACGAUUGUUGCGUGCAUUCAGUUUCCAGAGGACUAUCCACGUACGCCACUGUUAAUAGAAUUGAAAAGUAAAACUCUGUCCGCAAAGUUAUUGGAUGGCCUAACAGAAGUUUGCGAGAAGGAAUGCAAGAAACUCUUAGGCAAGGCACAGAUUCUUCCAAUAUUAAAAUUAAUCCGUAACUUCAUUGAUGAGAAUCCUUUGAUAUGCUGUUAUGAUGAAAUUUCUGCCUUAAAGAAGAUUCUAGAAAAUGACGACGAAUUGAAAUUGAAACAGAAAUAUUCUAGUAUCGGCCUAAAGAUUCAGCAGGGAUUGUAUUACUUCAAAGCCAAAAUUGAAGUACCAGAUGACUACCCAAAUGCUUGCGUAAAAUUAGAAGAUGCAGACUCCAAUUUCCCUCCAUUAUUUACACGCUACUUUUUGGGACAAGGAAGAGAGUUCGCUAGACAGUGCGUAGAGGCACCAUUGAAAAAGCAAUUACAGAAAACCCCUUUCACGCCAUCGCCGUCCUUAAAUACAGUUACUUCCUUUCUUAUAAGAGCUGUAAAGACUUUACCACAAGAACAUUGUCAGUUAUGCAGAGAAUUAUGUCUACCAGAGAAUCCAGAAAAAGCAGAGAACAACGAAAAUGCAGAUAUGCACGUAGAAAGACUUUAUUGUGGGCAUUUAUUUCAUUUGCAAUGUCUUGUGACAUUCAUGAAGACUCCUCCAUUCCAUGGGGGUAAAAAGUGUCCUACAUGUGGAAAACGUAUCUACCAUGACAAGUGGGGACUAAGUGACAAACUUGCAGAGGAUCGCUGGGCACACCAUCAAGCACGAGCGAGAGAGUUAGCAGAAGUAGCUGAUUUCUUCAAUUGAAAUGUAUACUUCAUUCGAGUUGUAUAUUGAAAACCUGCAAUGUUCUUGCGGUAAAUGUAACAACAAGUCUCAGCUAACGUAUUGCCACGAAAAGAUAAACGAGGUGAUAUUACAAUAUUAAACUUUUAAGAAAUUAUUUGUAAUUAAACGUGUUGUAAGUAAUAUUCAAGAAUGAAUAUUUAUAGGUCAGUUAAAGAGAAGGUAUUUUUAAUACCGUAAAGUAUACUAUAAUACACUGAAGUUUAUAUUUAUAUUGCACUUUAUAACAGAUCGCUUGACAUGGUGCUAAUAAUAUCAAGCAGUUGCUAAUUGUCAGUCAUUUCAUUUAUAUUAUAUCAUAAAAGUUCGCAAUAUAUCGAUUUAUCCAACUUGACAAAUUUAUUAACCAAAUAAGUUUUCCAAGUGUCGUGCAAUUAAUGAUAAUACAAAAGAAACAUAGAUUAUGUGGUAAGUUUUGUAUCUUGUAUCUGAAUUUGUAUCUGAAACUACUUUUACAAUUGAUUUUGUAUUAUGCCAAUGGCAAAUGUGAAAUAGAAAUCUGUGUUCCAUUAAAGUGUUUAGGAAAAUUAAUCAAGAUGUUCGUAAUUAACGUAUAUUGAAAAACUUUACCGUUUGUU